CUGCUCAGUGAAAGUGAAAGUAACAUGGCAGAAGAAAACAAAGGCUUUGAGGGCCUGCCCGCUAAAGAAUUAUUAAAGAGAUUUCAUUCUCUUCAGGGAGAGAGGGUGGAGACAUAUGGAUUAUUUGAAGAAGGAUUUCAGGCAUACUUGAAUGGAGCACCCAAUUACAACUUCCCUAUGUACAAACAACUUGUUCACGAAAUAACUCAAACGUUUUCCAAAAUCUCCCAAGAUAUCAUAUUAAUUACUAAUCAGUUAGAGGACAAUCACAAUUUGACCAGUAUAGCAUCAAUUGUGACAGGAAUUCAAAAUAAUGAAAAAGAGAAGCUUGAGAAGACUGUUAAGUUACAACUGGCACGGCAAAAUGCUACAGACAACCCUGAAGAUUCUAGUUUCAAAGAAGAAGAGAUAGAUUUAAAACAAAGGUAUCGGUAUUGUAGUGUUAAAUGUUUUACAUUCCUUCUAGCUUCAGCUAGUGAGAUAACCCUUUAUUUCAAAUGGCAGAGGCAAUGCACUGGACUGUCAUGCCAGAGGUCCCUGGUUUGAUCUUCAACAGACAUUUAUUCAUUAAAUUGUGACCUGGAUUCUUUCUGAUGGGUGAAAGUUAUUGCCUACAGAGCUUUACCCUGCAAGUGCUGGCCCUUUGGAAGAGUUAGGGGGAAGUUUCUGUCUCUAAAUGGGACUUAAUAGAACUGGGUAAUGUGUUGCUCCUGAAGUUUGUUGGGUAGACCUCUAGUGCCAUAGGUCCCAGAAUCAUUCUCCAGUGGAGGCACAAUAGUGUAACUAAUGGUCAGGUAUGAAGGGUUGAUUACUAACUGGAUUGGACUGGAUCUUUGGUCACAUGGUUGUAUACCCAAUGUUGGAUCUGGCACCCUAGGAUCUCAGUAGGCACAUCUUGAUUACAUUUGGGAACCUGUCGUUGGUGUAUGUAGUAUUUAUAAGUUCAGCAGUAAUGACCUGUGUUAAGAUUCAAUUGUUUUAGAAGGGGAGAUGUAAUGUUAAGGCGUAUGCUGUUGAUCAGUUGGUGUAACAGAUCCUAAAUAAAAAUUUUGCCUCAUCUAAAAAUCACAUAUCUUCUAGCACAUCAUUUCCUGGCCAAAAAAAAAAAGAAGAUAUUCAUCUGGAAAAUUUCAACCUGGGUUUUAUAUCAGAUUCCUCCAGAUGCUGCAUAAUGGAUAUUUUUAAUGCUGUAAACCUCAGUAGCCUUUAAAGUUAUGGAAUGCUUGUAUUCUCUAUAUCUAGUUCUGAUUGAUGAUUGCAGAUCGAGUUUUGGUUAUCAUUUUGUCAACUUCCCUCACAAUUUUCUGUUUUCUCACAACUUUUGGUCCACUAUUUUGCUGUGGAUCCUCUCUCCCUAAACAUUUUCACCUAGGAGGUGAUCAUUUUUUUUAAAUGCUGCUUGUAUUCCAGAUAGUGUUUUCUCACUCAAUAGCAUUCAAUCAAACAACUAUCUGCGAUUUGUAUUCAAAGAAUAACUGCACAAUUUCUGCUUUUUUUUGUUACAUCCAUUGUUUAAUCCCCCCUUGCUCCCCCCCCCCCCCCCCCCCCCCCAAAGGGGGGAAUGUGACAUCAUUGCAUAUGUCACAGAUAUUUAUCAUGUUUAUUAUAAUUAUUAUAAUAUUUUCCCAAAGUUUUAUUAUGAAAAUGUACUGAAUGUGCUCUUUUGAUAGAUUUUUAUAGCAUCUUAUUACCGAUUGAUUAACAAAUCUCCUAUGAAGAAUUGAAAUGGGACAUAUAUUAUGAAUCACCGUGUAUAUGUGUAUGAUUUAUGCUAUAACUUUGUAUUUUGUGUAAAGCAUAAAGGAUGUAAUAAGUGCCAUCAAUGAACAGUUGGAGGAGUUGAAGUUUGAAUCUGAAGAUCUUUAUGUGGAUGAUAUUGAUGAAGAAAAAGACGAUGAAGCAGCAGAAAGAUGACAUUAUUCAAUGAAAAGACUGAAACUUGUCGACAUUAUUAUACAUGUAUAUCAUAUUGAUAUUCAAUAAAAAAUAUUUUUAACAGGUAUAAA